UCUGUAGGUUUGAAUAGUCGUACAUUACGGAAGAUUUUUACCUACAGAAAGUUUCCCAUCUCAUCUCUAUGUGGCUACUUGCUGUGUCCCUCCCGUUGCUCCCGGUGAUUGUCGUCUUGGUGACCCAUUACCGGGAUGCUCUGGCGGCGUUCUGCCGGAACCUGGUACUCCAUAUAGCUGCGUUCCCCUGGCGGAUGCCGAAGGCUUGCGUUCGCAGCACCCACAACUUCAUCUUCGUCACCUGUACCCAUGGCAACCCCGAGAGUGUGCUGGAGGCCUUCCACCUGUACGCUCGCACACACCCUGCCCUCAGCCUGGGGCCCAGCAAAGGUGAGAUUCUGGACGAGGUGGUGAGGCAGGUGGCCCCUUCGCGAGUGCUGGAGUUGGGGACGCACUGCGGGUACUCCUCUGUCCGAAUCCUCCGGCUGCUGCCCCCUGGUGGCAGGCUGCUGACGGUGGAGCGUGACCCUGUCACUGCCGAGGCUGGAGAAGAGGUCAUCCUGGUGGCCGGCUUCAAACACUCCCAGUUCCAGCUGCUGACCUGCCCAUCGGCAGACGCCAUCGUUCACCUGCGUACGCACCUGGGGGCGGGGCUGUUGGAGCUGGUGCUGAUGGACCACGAUGUGGGGCAGUACCUGUCCGACCUGCAGGCCCUGGAGAGAGAGGAGCUACUCGCCCCAGGGUGUGUCCUGCUGUUCAACAACGCCCACCCCCCCGCGGCCGACACCCUGCUGGGGUACGUGGGCAGCAGGCCAGAGCGCUACGCCAUCAGACAGCAGGAUCACAGCCUGCUGGAGCUACAGUGCCCCCUGCUGGCAGCUCCCGUGCCGCUGCAGCCCAGCUAA